UGAUAUUUACUUUAAAGUAUUUGGGGUUUUAAGGUUGCCAUAUAGAAGCAGUGCCUCCACAUAUAUUACAUUGUCAAACUAUUAGCCACAAAUAUGUCGAAAGUAAGUCCGAGCGGCCAGAGGAGCGAUGCCCAGUUCAGUCCUACCAGAAUCAGCAGACUUGAGGAGAAACGGCAGCUCAUGAAUCUCAACGACCGCCUGGUCGUUUACAUUGACAAGGUCCGCAACCUGGAGUUUGAAAACAACAAACUGAAUCUGAAAAUCGGCAACAACGAGAAGGUGAGAAGCAGAGAGCUGGGCGGCCUGAAAGCUCUGUACGAGACGGAACUCGCCGAUGCCAGACAUUGUUUGGACGACUCCUGUAAACAACGAGCUUGGCUCGAGAUCGAACUUGGACGACUUAAAUCUGAACUUGAUCAACUUCUGCAAUGCUACUGCAAGAGGGACUCCGAGGCAGCAGGAGCGGAGGCUCGGCUCAAAGACUUGGAAGCCCAGUGCAACACAAAAGAUGCCAUGCUUGCUACAGCUUUGUCUGCAAAGGGUGGCCUGGAGACCUCUUUGGCCAGCAUGCAAGACCAAAUACAAGAGUUGGACUCAGGUCUCACUAAGACAAAAAAGCACCUUACUGAGGAGAUGCUCCUUCGGGUCGAUUUGGAAAACCGCUGCCAGAGUUUGUUCGAGGAGAUAAACUUUCAAAAGAACAUGCAUGAGCAGGAAGUGAAGAAGGCACGUCAGCAGUACGAGAUGGACUCUGGGCGAAAGGAGUACGAGUAUAAGUUCACUCAGGCCUUGGCUGCCAUGAGAAGACAGAAUGAGGAGCAGUUAAAGAUCUACAAAGACAGCAUGGAGAAGACCUACAUCUCCAACAUUGAGGAACUGCGUUGUAUGUCUGAGAAGAAGGAAGCAGCAGCCAUCAUUGCCCGAGAGAAUCUGAAAAAGGCGACUUUAAGGAUCGAGAGUCUCAGCUCCCAGCUGGCAGCACUACAGAAGGAGAGUCGCAGCUGGCGUGAUCGCAUCGCGGACCUUGAGGCGGCGCUGGCUCAGGAGAAAGACACGUGCCGCAAACUACUGGCGGAAAAAGACCAUGAAGUGGCUGAGAUCCAAGCAAAGAUGCAGAAACAGUUGAAUGAAUAUGAACAGCUGUUGGAUGUUAAAUUGGCUCUGGACAUGGAGAUCAAUGCGUACCGCAAACUUCUAGAGGGAGAAGAAGAAAGAUUAAAUCUCUCCCCCAGCCCUUCCUCGAAUGUAGCCGCGUCGCCAGUCUCUUCUAGCGGCCGCAGUGUUCGUACAACCCAUGGAAAGAGGAAGCUUGUUAGUUUUGAGGAACAGGAAGCCAGCAGUCCUGUGUCCAUUGCUCAUCCCUCCUCAGCCACAGGACCCAUAAGUAUUGAUGAAAUCGAUACGAAUGGCAAGUUUAUACGCUUCCAUAACUCUGGUCCUGAGGACCAGGCCAUGGUGGGCUUCCAUGUAAUUAAAACUAUUGGAAAUGUGACCGGCCACUUUAAGUUCUCACCCAGACAUAUCAUGAAGGCUGGUCAGAAAAUCACGGUCUGGGCAUCUGAUGCUGGUGUGAGCACCAAACUUCCUACAGAUCUGGUUUGGAAAAACCAUUCAUGCUGGGGUUCAGGUCAGGAUGUUCAUGUGGUUUUGGUCAACUGCCAGGGAGAGGAAGUAGCAGAGAAAAGCAUGACUUACAAGAUGACAACAGAUGAAGGUAACGACGAGGAAGAUAAUGAUGGAGAGAAGGAAGAGCGCUUCUACCAGCAUCAAGAUGAAGAUAUGGCCACCAGAGGCUGCUCCGUCAUGUGAUCCCUCUUGGCCAAUCAGCAACAAACAUCUCAGAAUCCCUCCCGCCAUUCAUCUGCUAGUUAUAUUACCAAAAUUAUUAUUCUAUCGUCAUUUGACUUGCUCUUUUCCUACACCAGCAGAAUUGCUUUUAUUAAGUAAUAUACUGGAUUGGAACUUUUAUUUUGAAAUGUGUGUCAAAGUCAAGUGUUUAAAAGCCAGGGGUCGAAUGAGUAGUUUGAUGUGUAUGUGUUUGUUUAAAACGACCACUGGAAAAUGUGUUUUUUCAUAAUUUGUUUUUUAAAGUAAAACAAAAAUGAAUAAUGUUAUAGUUUGUCUGAUUUUACAAAUAUUAGUUCAAUUAAAUGUGGAAAUACAUGGAUGCCAUGUAUAUAAUUGUCAUUUUUGCUAACCCAUUUGAGAUGCCGAGUUCACCCGAAAGUACAGUUUGACAUGGAUUUGGGCGUGUAUGUGAACAAAUGUAGACGAUUAUAACAUAGAGAAAUAUUUAUGCACAAAAGGCAAGUUUGCUGACAUACAAAAGUGAAGUGAAUUAUAUAGCGCUUUUCUCUAGUGACUCAAUGCACUUUUAUAUAGUGAAACCCAAUAUCUAAGUUACAUUUAAACCAGUGUGGGUGGCACUGGGAGCAGGUUGGUAAAGUGUCUUGCCCAAGGACACAACGGCAGUGACUAGGAUGGCGGAAGCGGGGAUUGAACCUGGAACCCUCAAGUUGCUGGCACAGCCACUCUACCAACCGAGCUAUACCGCCCGCAAAACACAACGUCCAGUUUCCAAAAAAUUGGAAAUGUGGACUCGUCAGACCACAGAACACUUUUCCACUUUGCAUGAGUCCACCUUAGAUGAGCUCGGGUCCAGUGAAGCCGGCGGCGUUUCUGGGUGUUGUUGAUAAAUCGCUUCCGCUUUGCAUAGCAGAGUUUUAACU